UUCCAAAUAUUUGUAUCUGUAUUAGCACGAACAAACGACACAAUGCCACGACUAUAUGUGGAGGGCUGGACGUGGCAACUCGAAAACGAUAAACGUUAGAAAUGCAAAUCUGCGACACACUGAAUAAAUUGGGAAAUGGGAAUAAUCAAACAGAUAAGAAGAGAAAACAAAUCAAGGUGGGGAAGUUUUUUUGCAUGGCUACUGGUACGUGGAAGCUCCGCCCUGAAACACCGACAUCUGGUGGCGCAAGUUGGCCACCGCUCUCCACGUUAUACCCAUGCAUGCACUGCACUGUCUCCUCAUCUCCACUAUAAAACCCACUCCCAUUCCCUCAUUCCUCCUCACCAACAACUAUCUUCACUCCAAUAAUACCAUUCUCCCACUUCUUCCCCUACCAGAAAUGGCAAAGCUUGUAGCGAUGGCGGCGGUGUUGGUGGCCCUCUUGGCCAUGACGGCGGCCAACGCCUUCCGCACCACCAUCACGGAUGAGCAAUCCCGGAGCCGGCAGCAACAUGGCAGCCAGCAGCGGCAAUGCGAGCAGCAGGUCCAGCAGCAGAGCCAAGAGCUCCGCCACUGCGCCAGGUACCUGUCCCAAGACCUUAUGAGCAACCACUUCAUAAGGAUGAAAUCCUCCAGCUGGAGAAUGCCGCAGCAACAGCAACAGCACCUGAGGCAAUGCUGCAACGCAUUAGACAACUUCGACCGCGAGUGCCGAUGCGAAGCCGUGAAGCAAGCAUUGAGAUGGGUGCAACAGGAACAGCAGGAGCAGGAACAGGGACAAGAACAGGAACAAGGACAGGGACAAGAACAGGAACAGGAACAAUGGGAGCAGCUGGAACGACAGGUUCUGGAGAAGGCUAAGUAUCUUCCUCAAGUCUGCAACCUUGAGCCCCAAAAAUGCCAAGUCAGAACUUUCUACUUCUAAAUGUCGGGAGGGGUGGCAAGGAUCAAUCUCGUGCUUUAACCUACCACGUAGUGGACAAUAAUAAUGAUAAUGAUAACAAUAAAGAUAAGUUCACUCCCUCUAGCUAUGACCUAGAGUUUUCCUGGGUGAAUUUUGAUGUAAAAACUAAUAAUUAUCAAUAAAAGCACGUGAUUCGGAGAUCAA